ACCAUGCGUUGCGUUAAAAUCAUGUAGUUAUAAAAUUGCCGAUUCUCAUUGUAAAAUGUUAUUAUUUUUUAAUCAAAUAAUCUCUGGCAAAAUUUAAAUUUUCGUGCAGCAUAAAUCAUUUAGAAUCAUGUUCAGAAUAUUGAUGAAACAAUGUUCGAACUGGCGGUUCUUAUCAACAACUAUUAGCAGGCUGAAUGAUGCAUCAAAGCUGGACAUAAUUAUUAAUUCCAAACAUGAAUCUCAAAAAAUAUCUGACUUAUCAGAUGAGGGAGUUGGAUUACAACCACCUGUUUUUGCCAAACCAUUUGCAGAACUUGAAAUGGAAGAAACUAAAAAUAUGCCAUCUGAAAUUGGAGAGUUUGUUGAUAGCUUAGGACCUCCACUUCCUAUCACUUUCAAUUUAGCAGCUUAUGCAAAUCACUCAGAAUCACUUCAAAAGUUAAUUCACCUUGGAGUUGAUUUGUCUGAAAUUGAGAAAAGACCAGACCGAGCUAAAUUUGUUUUAAAUCUAGAUUUUGAAAAAAAUGUGAAAAAUCAUAUACAAUUUCUGUAUGAUAAUGGGGUUAGUGCUGAUGACAUGGGAAGAUUCUUCACCAAAAAUCCAUUCAUAUUUAAGGAAAGAAUUGAGGAUUUAGAAGUAAGGAUAAAUUAUCUGAAAAGUAAAAAAUUCACUUCUGAUGCCAUUGCGUGGAUUAUAACAAGCAAUCCAUAUUUUUUGAGUCUUGAUACAAAACAAGUUGACUUCCGCUUGGGAUUUUUCCAAAAACAAUUUUCUCUAACAGGAAAUGAAGUGCGUCAUCUUAUUACUAAGUGCCCAAAAUUAGUGACUUACAGUAUAGAUAAAUUUAGGGAAAAAUUAUUUUCAAUGAAAGAAGAACUGGGCUUUACAAGUGAAGAAAUGAAAAAGCUGCUCUUAAUGAAGCCUAAAGUAUGGAUGUUAGGACGAUCACAAGUGAAGGAAAGAUUUGAUGUAGUUCACAAUCUUAUGGGUAUACCUCAUGAGACUAUUAUUAAAUUUCCAGAAAUAUUCACUAGACGAGCUUUCAUUACAAAGCAGAGACAUUUGUAUCUUGUUCAUCUCAAUCGAGCACAGUAUGAUCCAACUCAACCUUUAUAUGUUUCACUUAGGGAUCUAGUUCUUUUGUCUGACUGUGAGUUCUGUGAAAAAUGUGCCCGAACUUCAAUUGAUAUGUACAAUGAAUUUCUUAAAACAUUAUAGCAAAUGUUUUGUGUUGUAAAUACUUAGAAUAGUAAAUAUAUUUUUUUAUAUUUUAA